UAUUUGCAACAGGCGUGCUUUCUCUGGUGCUAUACCACGAUGAGACACCAUUUAGUAGUGCUUACUUUUUACGCGUCGUUAGGAAUAACCGUGUCGUCAUCUCCGUCGCUUCCAUCUGUUCCGCUAGGGAAGAGAAACCACGGUUGUAUUAAGGUAGAUCUCUGCAAAUGCAUCAUGCAGGACGGAAGUGGAGUUAUUGAUCUAGAAGCGCUGGAAAACACGGAGGGGUUCUUGGAGCGCUUCAAACGCGUGCCAUUCGAAGACGCGCCGCGAGAUACCGAGGUGCUCGUCUCCGUCAGCCCGUGCCAUCCUUUCUCAGAGCGCGAGGAUUUCGCUGUUACAGACUGCACGGAUGUAGCUGCCUGUUUGAUUGUAAGGCACAAAAAGUACACAAAUCACUAUGUGAAUUAUGGAAGACACAAGGGCAAUAAAUUCCAGUAUAAUGAUACAAUGAAGGUACUCACAGUCACUUAUUCAGUAUACUCUUCCUCUGAAGCUAAAACUGUGGUGCACUACCAGUGUAGCCCAAACCACUCCAUCUCCUACAGCCAGAGGUUCCAGGACAACGUUCCCUUACAGAUCUGGGUGGAGAGUCCCUGCGCCUGCCCUAAUGCCUGUGCCCCAGUGAGCGUGGGGCCUGGCCCGAUCUUCCUCGUCAUCCUCUGCCUCAGUGCUGCGGCUUACUUCGUGCUGGGCUCCUGCGCCCUAAGGCCAUUCAGAACCAGCAGUGGGGUCCAAAUCGCCCCGGAGGACAGCAUGUGGUGCACGCUCUGCUACCAGCUCACAGAUCAGCACCGCCCCAGGCACAACAGACACUACACACUGAAGGAGGACAUACUGUAAACAGAGAUUUACAUCACAUUUUGUUUAGGAUAAAAUGCAUAUGUUCUUUUUUAUAAACCAAUAAGACAGUAUACACAUUUUAUGAGACUGAACCUAUGGCCUAGCUCAUCACACUGUACAUGUAAAUGCAAAUCCAAGAACAUAACAUGCUGGGAAAAGGAUUUCACUUUAUUGAUGAAAAACAUUUGGGAGAUUCACAAAAAUAGCUAUAUAGAAAUACAUGUGAUAGAAAUCUUUCGAGUUAUGCAUCUUUUAUUAACACAGGUUGCAGAAAUGUUAGCUUAUGUGUUGGAAAUAUGCUGUGGUCAUGCAUGGCUCUAAACCCAUUCCAGACCAGAGUUCAAAUGAAUAAAAAUCUUUAAAAAAAACCAAAAACAAUUUGUGCAUAGUGCUGUGUAAAUGAAUAUCAUUUCACCAUAGGAGUCCAGCGUAAACCCAAAUGUUCUCUAAUGUUGUAGACUCCAAUGUUCCCAAAUGAUUAGUGUUCUCUGAGCCAGUUUUUCAGGCUAAAACCAAGUCCUGGACCAAACAACACUGCAACUAAAGAUCUUCCAUUAUGAAUAGUUAGCAUUAGACUUAGCAUCCAGAAAAGAUACCUUAUAACAAAGAAAGCUAGUGUUAAAGACAUGCCUCAGUGUUCACACAUCCUAACUGACGACAACAGGACAGAAGGCCAGGUCCAUCCAUUUGUAAUAAAACAGAGAAACUUACAAUGUGAUGUUAUAUGAAUUACUUCCAGUAUCACUAUAUGACUGAAGUGCUUACUGAAGACACCUACCUUAAAAUAAACUACAAGAUGAACAAUCAAGAGAACUCCCAAAGCUGUCAGUCCAUAAUAACAGCACCAUAUACUAUGAGAAGCAAGUCACAGUUUUCAAAACACAAACACACUGGACCUUAAAACAGCUCACAUAAACCUUCAAAAUGUACUACUGUUCACGAUGAGGUCAAACCCAAAAAUGGCUUUUUAGUGUCUGUGGAACUAUAGAACCAGCCAGCUGGUUUGAAAUGGAAAUGGAAUCGGGUUUAAAAGCUAGGUGAGAGUUAAAUGAUCGAGAGCUUGCUCAGUCUGAAAAUAAUACAAAAGUGCUGCAUAGUGUAUAGAUGUAAUUAGACCUACUAUAUAGUGUUUUAUAGACAAAGACCCAGCGUCAGUCUUUUACCCCACAUUAAAUGACAAAAGAGGUCAAAGAACGCUAACUUUUUUCAAAUGUGUCUGUAGUCCUCUAACAGCAGUCUGACUGGACCAGCCACUUGCUGCUUUUAAAGAACAUUUAAGGAGUACUCGAUAUCUAAUGAAAUAGCUCAGAAAGUCUAAUGCGUCACCCUAUCGCUCGUCUGUUAUUGAAAAUGUGUUUGAUGUAAAGUGCAGUUCACGCAGGACAAGGAGCUAUGCACAGUAAUAUCCUGCCAAUGGGUUUUGUUGUUAAACUCAACAUGGCACAUUUAAGCAUCAACAGCACAGAUGUUUACUAAGCAUAAACCUCCUAUGAAUUCUAUGCAUUGAUGUACGUUAGCACUCAUUUCAAGGCAUAACACUAAAGUUCUUCUAUACAAUGCCAGUUCAGAAGCAACAACAGAAGACACAUGUGCUCUGAUCUGAGACAGAUAGGAGACCCUCUGUUUCACUGACUUCAGGCCACUGUUUGUCCUCUCACAGUACUCAGGCCAGCUGGUACUCCAGGAAUACUGCCAAAAGCCAAUUCCAAAUAAACAAACUGCUUCAUGGUAAGAAUUGUGAUUUAGUGUUUAUGACCAAGACAGCCUCGGCACACACUGCAGGGUGUGUCUGCUCCAGCUGGUGUUGGGGUCGGGGUAACUUAUUCCAUAGAAACGUAAAAAGAUAACAAACCUCGACAAUUUUCAAAAUGUAAGCCAUUUACAGCUGUGGAACACACUCAAGAUUCAAUUCUGAUAUUAAAACCCUACCACAGUUACAUACAGUGCAUAAAGAUGUGGGCUUUAACACACACACACACACACACACACACAGAAAAUGACAGAGCCACAGAUCUCGAACCUCAUCAGUGGUAGUGGCUUACACGUUUAAAGAACAAGUUUGGUUUCAAUGUUGUAGUGAUGGUGUCAAGUUCCACAGCCCCCUUCAAACUCUUUCUUGUGCAAUAGUGUCAAAGCAAUUAUGAAAAUGGAGGUGGGGACCUUACACACGCAGGCAACAGGCCAACUAAAGCCGCGGCUGGGAUUCAUCUGUGAGCCGUGGAAGGUCUUACACGGGCACACAUCUUCCAGUA